AUGGCGCUGGUGCCCUACGAGGAAGGCCGGGCGCUGCAGGGCCUGCGCAGGCCGACGGCCACGUACCGCUUCGCGGGGCGCACCGUCCGCAUCCGGCAGGACUGGGAGCGGCGCGGUGUAGCGGCCGUGGUGUGGGACGCGGCUGUCGUCCUGUCUGCUUAUCUGGAGAUGGGAGGCAUCGAUCUCAGGGAUCGGUCGGUGAUUGAGCUGGGAGCUGGAACUGGAUUGCUGGGAAUAGUGGCCACACUGUUGGGUGCUCACGUUACCAUCACAGACAGGGAGCCAGCACUAGAAUUCCUGGAGCUGAACGUGUGGGCUAACUUACCUUCUGAACUACACCCGAAGGCUGUGGUGAAGGAACUAACUUGGGGAAAAGACCUAGGCAACUUCUCUCCGGGAGCAUUUGACUUCAUUCUGGGGGCAGACAUCAUUUAUCUCGAAGAAACUUUUGAGGAACUGCUUCAGACAUUGGAGCACCUGUGCUCAGAGCAAACUGUGAUUCUUCUUUCCUGCCGUAUCCGCUAUGAACGGGAUAGCAACUUCUUGAAGAUGCUGAAAGGCCGUUUCUCUGUAAAUGAGGUCCACUAUGAUUACACUGCUUUUACAAUCAGCAACCUUUCUGAGAGCAGGCAGAAAAGAUCAGCUUUGGCUGCUUCUAGACUCAGGAGUGAACCACACCAGCUGUGUAGGGCUCGAGGACAGGAGCAAUGGCCCCGUUGGGUAAGUACUGAGAGCAGCUCUCUGCAAUGACAUCUGUAAGCCUGAGGCAAAACCAAAUGCUCCUGUCCCGACUGAUUGGUCCCAGGCAAGCUUCUGAUCUAGAAUGAGAUGACUACAUUAAUGGUUCAGCAGCUGCAUGGCAAUUACACUGACACCCUGCCCAGGCACUUUCUGCCACUGUGUUUAUCCUAAACUUGAAAAAAUCAGUGAGAUUCUCUUUUGGGUGGUUCCACUGCAUCACUCCUGGUUUGCAAUAUCAUGUGAACGCAACUGGAUGGAGGACUUGUUGGUGCAGUUGUCCCAGGGUAGUGACGCAGUGCAUAAACAGACUUUUGACAGUAAAAAACCACUCACCCUAGGGGGAGGAUCCAAGACACAGAGAAGUGAUCGGGUAGACGUGAACAUACUGUGAUUUUCUGCAACCGUCUCUGAAAUGUGCCAUUCUGUGAGGGAACAAACUGCAGCGUCAUUGCAAAACCGGUGCUUCAUUAUUACGAAGACAGAGUAGAAAAUUCAGCUCUGUAUCUUACAGACAAAGAGCUUCAAGGUGCCUCAGCACCAGAAGUAUCAGGUUUACUGGAUGAUGUACUGACUGCAGAGGGACCUGUGUUACCUGAUUCCUUCAGUGUGAAGUUCAAGACAAACUGCAUUUUUAUCUUACAAACUAACCUGCCUGGGAUUCCCCUCAUUGCAGAGAUGUGGAUUUUGUGAACAAAUAUAGGAACAGCACUAUGAAAGUGCUUAGUUAUGAAAACCACAAAAUCCCACUCAUAAUGAGUCGACCUUUCUUCUUUCCCUUGGUGCAUUGCAUCAGUGAUGGAUUUGUUCUGGCUUUUGUCCCGUGGUUUGAUCCAACCUUGCAGAUUACAUAAUCAAUUUGUGAUCUUUGUAAUGUUUGCUGCCUUCUCUUCUGUUCUCAAAAUCAGCAGUACAUGGCUUAAGAGGAAUGCUUAGAAGUGGGAAAGAUAGCAUAUUUAAACUGUGAAAGGAAAAAAAUCUUUCACACAUUAUUAAACAACAGAACUAAGUACCACCAAAACAGAUACAAGAAAGGAAGUUUAAAAAUAAGUAUCAGAAGUGGAAGAUUGGAACUUUGGAAGAAUGGAACUUUGUCUUCAGGAUUUACCCUCUAAUUAAUUCAAAUUGAUUGAGAUUUUAAAAGCACUCUGUUUGGGAAAAUACUCAUGAAUACUUACAGCACGCCAUGUCAUGAGGAUACCAUCGACUGCUUAAAAUGUGCCCUUUCCUGCAUUCCUAUCUAGCUCUGCCUCUCGAUUAGUGCAAAGGGAAAAUCCUGCUCAAAAAAGAGACUUUUUAGAGUUUUUUAAAGCAUGUUUAUGUGACUGCACAUAAAUGUUUGUGUAAAAAGGGAGUUAUGACAGUUUAUACCACAAAGGUUACAGUAAGAAAAAGCACGUCUUUAUGACAAUAAUUCACAAAUUCACAAGAAUCACUUUAAUAUACAAAGCAAUUACUACCAUUCUGAAAACAUAAAGCAGCUAAUAUGUACAUAGU